AUGUUCAAAGAAGAGAUGAAGAGUUAUUCUUCGAGAUUCAUGUUGGUUCCACAACCGGAAGUACAAAAUAUCGUACAACGCAUGCUGACCGAACAUCUACCAGGGGCAUCGUUUCGAUCUGUUGAUGGCAGGCCGCGAUCUCCGCUUCUGAAUGACAGCAUGAUAAGAGUACUCCUACAAAUCAACCGCCUUGUUCGUCCUCCAAUCUCUUCGCCAGCUGCCAACGUCACUCAGCGCUAUCUGACACCAAGGGCAGAGCUCACCGUUGCCAACUACGAACAGAUUUUGGCGCGCUUCAAGCAAAGUGGCUUCGUGGGGAUAACAAGUCAGAAUCCCGCUGCUGUGUAUCCGCCUAACAUGUUUUUGUCAUACGACUUCGUCAACUGGCUCACUGCUGGUAACGUGAAAGAACUGGCUACCCGUGACAGUGCAAUAAAAUUUGCCAAUGAUUUGGUCGAAAUGGAUGCUAUAGAAAUCGUUCGAGCAACUGAUAUCGAAUAUGAUGAAAUGGAGUCAUGCAUCUCAUCAGAAUCGGAAUCAGGACUUUUUUGCUACGGUUUUCAAUUAUGUGCAUUUGUCAGUGACAGUGAACGUGAUCAUCCGUCAUACAGUCGUCAAUGUUCGGAGGCAUUUCAAGAUUACAUGUUGCGAGAGUUCCGAAGAUAUUGUGGAAAUAUCGACAAUAAACUUUAUGAAUUCUAUACAUCAAUGCCGCCAAUGGAUGGUCAUUUCGCCUCCAUCGGUGAACCUCCCGCCAGCUGA